AUGGGAGUCAAAGGUUUAACAACUUUUAUCAAUCAAAGGUCAGAGAAAUGUAUGGAGUUUUAUGAAUUACAUGAUACAAAGGUUGUAUUAGAUGGUGAUGCCGUUUUGUGCCAAUUAUAUUACAAUCAUACUCAUCCACGAAAUGGUUGUUUUGGUGGAGAUUACGAUAAAUACGGUAAUACAAUUUACAAAUUCUUUCACAUGCUUUCCCAAUGUAAAAUAACUCCAUACAUAAUACUGGAUGGAGGUUAUGAAAGUCGAAAAAUGGAUCGCAUAUUACAAAGGUUCAAACAGAGAAUAGUUCAAGCCGAAAGUUUAAAUCCUAGAACAGAGUCAAGAAAUGAUACCACACCAAUUUUUAUUCGAGAAGCAUUUGAAGAUAUAGCUUGUAAAUUAGGAAUUAAGGUAGUAAGAUGUAAUUUUGAAGGUGAUAAAGAAACUGCUAACAUCGCCAAGGCCUUAAAAUGUCCCGUAAUGAGUAAUGACUCGGAUUUUUAUAUUUUUGAUGUGCCCUAUAUACCAUUUUCAACAGUUAAAUUGAUUGUUCAGUCUGCUUCAUACAUAGAUACAGACACAAAAGAACAGAUCAAGUAUAGAUAUAUUCCCUGUAAAAUUUAUAGAGUAGAUAAAUUUUUAGAAUGUGCAGGUGGAAUGAGCAAAGAAAUUUUGCCAUUAUUUGCUGCUUUAGUGGGGAAUGACUUUAUGGAUGGAAUUAACAUAUCCAAACUUAAUAUGCAACCAAAGUAUAAUCCCGUCUACAACAGAAUAGAGGCCAUUAUUGAAUGGUUACAGAGAGAAACAAAAAAUAGUGCAAUUAAAAAAGUAUUAAAUACUUACAAACAAGAUGAACGUGAGUUGAUGCAUAAAAAAAUUGAAGAUGCUAUUAUUGGUUAUACAUUUAAAAACAGCCAAUAUUUAAAUUAUUUUGAUGACAGUAUAAGCACUGAUCAAUUGGAAAAUGAUUGUGAAGAUGAUAAAUUCAAUGAUUUUGAAAAGUUAAUACAUACUUUUCCCAAACUUUUCUUAGAGAAAUUUAGAAAAUCCUUGUAUCCUACCAGGUUUAUGGAUAUAUUGACACAAAAUAAGUACUAUAACUUUAAACCACAAGUUGAAGUAAAAGAAUAUGAGCACGCACAUGCAAUUAGUUCUGAAAUUAUGUCUGCUAUUCAUAAAAUAUUAACAAGUUCUACAGACAAUUUGACUUGCCUUAUAAGGGAUAAAAGUGAUGUAACAGAGAUAAUACUACCUAUGUGUCAUAUUGACCUCCCGAGUUUCACAGAAAUUCAAACAACUGAACUUAGAGAGAGACAGGCAUUGGUAUUUCUUAUUUUAAAUAUAGAUGUAGACUUUUCCACACAGUGUUUAAACCACUUUCCAGAAUCUUGGCAUUUACUUAUUCUCACUUUAAAAUAUAUGAGAAAUAAAUCUGUUAUAUCUUGGUGUAUUUUAUAUUCCAUUAUUUUUGGCAAAAUAAUAAUUGAUUAUGUAGAUCCUAAGAUUGGUUUUUUCCGAUCUGAGGACUCAUUUAAUAAGGAAUUUUAUAGUAGAAUAAAAGGUAUAAUGGCAAACAAAAAAUUAUUGCAAUUCAAUAAUUCAAAAAAUUUAAAAAAUGCUUUGGACAAUAUAACUUUUGAAGAUGCAGUAAUUUUUAUGAAUAGAAUUAAAGUGUAUUUUGAAUUUAAUAAAGAAAUGAAGAGGGAUUUAAAAAUGUAUGAUAGAAAAUUAAUGCAUACAUUGUCACAAUUUCAAAGUUGCUUUCUUCAUAUAAAGAACCUUAAUCAGUUGCUUAACAUGCCUUAUCAGGAUUUAAUUAUAACAGAAUGCUUUAAUGGUACUUUUGUUUAUAAUUUUAGUCAGAGUAUGUUCAGGAGAGACAAUUUAGAUGAUUAUGUAAAAUAUUUAUUUCAUAAUGCUGCACCAUCAGUAUUUAAUACUUUUGAAAUAAUGAUUCAGCUUAUCAAAGAAUGUGAUAAAAUAUGA